ACACACAAACACAAACACACACACACAUACACACUUAUGCUUAGGAAAAAGAACUGUAGUGAUGAUGAGAGAGCUUUCUAGACCAAUGCUCCUUCUAUGCGGUCUCUAUAGCAUUCCGUCCGGUUAUUGUAAUGAAAUCUACAUUGCUUAUGAACUAAGCUGUGUUAUGGAGAGAGUGUGUAUAGCACAGCCCAUCUCUGGCGACUCUCCAGGUACCGUUCUGUUUUAGUGGCCUUUAGAGUUCAAAGACUGACCAUACCUCCUUCUGAAGCGGUCACAGACCGGCCUGCCUCUCUGAAGCCAUGCAGAACUCUGAAACUCUGCUCAAACUUCUCUGCUGUGUAGGUAUCAUGCAGCAAAUGACUUUAGUAAUGGGUCAGUUGACUGGAGAUGACCUCAACUUUCCUGAUCACAAAUCCCGUUGUGCCCAGGAGUCACAGACACUAGCAAAUGGAUCUUUGGAAAGACCAUCCAAAUCAGAGAUGCCAACUUUGAGGUGCCAUGUUGAUUCUGCAUAUGAGACAAAAUCUGAAUGGCCUGAAGUUUCUAAUUUUGACCAAGAGAAAGCAGGCGGAGGUGGGAUAUACAAGAAAGAGACCUUCAUUUCCUCUCUCACAGUCCAGCCCACCAAAACAAUUCAACCAUUUAUUUUUCCAGAGAUCACAAGCAUGCUUCGCCCUGAACACAAGCCUGAACCUCGGACCAUGAGCUUGAGAAAUAUCGAUUCUACAGCAGGUAGUUAUGUCUCACAGUCUGAGGAGUCUUCCAAGAUGAGCACUGAGGUCAAAUCAGAGGUCAAAAGUCAGACCAAAAAGGAGCCCUUGCAGACACUACAGUCAUCUGUCUCAGCUCUGAAGAACAGUACAGAGCUUGCCAUUUCGAUGAACACAAAGCCAGUGGAAAUAUCAAAUGUCUAUUCGACUGAUAUUUUAGAUACAGUCUAUGACGCGUCACGGACAAAAUCGGUUAAGGAUUCAAUCACAGCGCCAAGUGGUUCACCUCGAAACCUGACCAGCGUUACCAUGGAAACCAGCACCGGCAGCGCCUCAGUCGAUAAAGUAAAGUCACAGGAGAAGAAUAAAGAAAUCAGAGCGACUAGUCGACCCACGACACCGAUGCAAAAGCAACCUGUAGCAGUUGCUCAGCAAAUGCCUUUUCAUCAACCUGGAAGUCCCAGAGCUGAAAGAGAGGAAGCUAGUACUGCACUGAGAGAGAGCAAGCAAGAACAGAUUAAAGAUACAGAUGCGACUCCACAAAUUAGACAGGAUGAUCUCAGUUAUAGAAGUGAACAAAAAGCCCCUGUGAUUGAAGAAUCAGUGACUGAUGAUUGUUAUUCAGGUGAUAUUGGUGCCUGUCCAGUUCGCCCUACCACUGUGCCAUAUACAACAACAGAGACCCACUCUAAUCAGAUGCAUGGAAACAUAAACAGAGAAGGAGGUUUACACACAACGGGUUUCAGAGGCCCAAGGGGAUAUCAAGGCCCACCUGGCUUGCCAGGCCCUCCAGGUGAAAAAGGAGACAAAGGCUACGCAGGAGUGAUGGGCCGGACAGGCCAGACAGGGUACAGAGGACCGAUUGGACCACCCGGCAUGCCUGCUAUUAUAGUCUGGUACACGUCAGAAGAAGAAUGGCAAGCAUUCAAGAAAAAUAAAUUCUACAAAAAACUAGUGUCAUUGUGGCCGAGAGUGAAGGGAUUACCAGGACCUUUGGGACCACGUGGAGAUCCUGGACCACCCGGGCCCCCUGGAGUUUCAGGCAAACAGGGGGAAAAGGGAGAGCCAGGGUUACUUGGAAGAAUAGGACCAGUUGGAAUGCCAGGGCCACCUGGGAGAUCAGGACCAGAGGGCACAGCUGGGAAGGAUGGGGAGAUGGGGCCACCAGGACCACCUGGGGAGGAUGGUCCAAAAGGUUAUGCAGGAGAGAAAGGCAGUACAGGGGAGGUGGGUGAGUGGGGUGAUCUUGGCGAACCGGGGCCUCAGGGAACCAAAGGAAGGAAAGGAGAGAUGGGAAAAAAGGGACAGAAGGGCCUAGCAGGGGUAGUAGGAUAUAUUGGGCUCCCUGGACCUAGAGGACCACAGGGAUUCAUGGGCCCACCUGGUGCACCGGGACAUACAGGGGGGCUUGGGUUCACUGGAUCACCUGGUCCACUAGGUCACACAGGACCGAGAGGGUUGAAGGGAGUUCCAGGCGUCAACGGACCCCCUGGACAACUUGGUGAAAUGGGACCAAGGGGACCGCCUGGCAAACCAGGAGAGGAAGGGCCUGAUGGUAUUAUCGGUAUUCCUGGUGUUCCUGGACCACAGGGAAAACUAGGUGGCUAUGGACCACCAGGUCAAAAAGGAGACCCUGGAGAUACAGGAAUUGAGGGAGACAUUGGGAGUCCAGGACCACCGGGUAUAAAAGGUGCCAAUGGCAAAACAGGAAAACAUGGACCCUCAGGUGAUCCAGGUCUGAAAGCACAGCGUGGAAUGAAAGGAGAUCCUGGCCAAAAGGGAGAUCAAGGUCCUCUGGGGUUGCCAGGUAAACAGGGAUUCAAAGGCAGAGGAGGGCGGUCUGGUGUACAGGGAGAGACUGGCCCUACUGGACCUGCUGGUUUACCAGGGCCCACGGGCUAUGAUGGUCCUAUUGGAGAUCCGGGGAGAGAGGGAAAAGAUGGACUUAAGGGAGAGAGAGGCCCCCCUGGUAUCCAAGGUGUUCCUGGACCACGAGGUGACAAGGGUCGGACUGGCCGAGGGGGAUUUGCUGGUUUUCUAGGACCUCUGGCAAGUAUGAUUUCUUAAAUUAAGCUGCAAGACAUAAUUACAAGGGCAAGAACACCAAUUCAAAAAUUCACCAUUUUUUUAAAUUAAAUAAUUGAGUAGAUUUGUUUUAUCAUAGCACCUCUAGUGGUAAUUUUAGAAAAAGUACAAAGGAUCAUUGAUAUACUAGUAUAAUUUUUGUUAAUAUUUUGAAGUAGAUUAUAUUUUUAUAAUUAUUGUUUUAAUAAUUUUGUUGUGUUUUUGUGAUUUUUUUUUAUUAGUUUUUUUUAUAUAUGUCUACAUAGUUUUUAGUUCACCUAUAACUAUUACCUAAACCCAUUGUUACGUUUGACCAGUAGGUAGCACUGCAAACAAAUUUACAUGGUAUUCACAGACCACCGUGGCAAUAAUACACUUCACCAAAGGUUAUUUAUUUAUUUAAUUUUUAAUAACCACAAUUCUGGGGCCUAUAUACUUCCAGACA